CUGGCAGCAGGCCUGUUUAAUUCUGUUUCGAGUUGUGGUGAAAUUUAUUUCUCUCCUUUUUUUGGCACCCAAGAUGCAGAACCCCAUUUGUGAACCGUUCACCAGUUGGCCAGUGAAGUUCGACAUCAACGAGCUCAUCAAGGAAUUCCAGCCGGAGGAGAAAGGGCGCCAGGUGGCUGAGGAUAAGUCGCCACGGGACUUUCUCCACCUACCUGACAACAACUGGGUAGUCCUGCCCAGUUUUAAGUACAGGCAUGAGCACUUGACCCCGUAUCUUUCCAGUCGCCGGAACAAAUAUAUGCGGUGUCGCUUUCAGAGAUUUCUAAACAAUGUUCCCAGCUGCUACGUAACCAUCUCCUUGUAUGGCUCCAAUGUGAGCAACAUGCCCAAGCCAAGGCGAAAGAGUCUGAAUGGGCAGUUCUACGGUGUGGAUAACAAACUGGCUCCUGUUCCGGCGGUCGCAGAUCCUCGCUCUCCUCCGCACCGAAAGUAGUGGUAGUGGAAAAAAGCUCAAAAUUUACGUGUUCACACUUGAAACUACUGCUUAAAUUAAAAUAAUGAAAUAUAUCGAGU